GGAGGGUCCCGGAGCAUAAUAUCCUCACGUGGCUGUACGAUGCGAGAAGCAAGUAACCAAUUGCAAACGCCCACGUGGGAGAGAGCAAGCACCACCGGUUCAGGUAGUAACCAGUUUUAUCGUCGCGUUCGAGCGCGAAAGAGGCAUUGGAUCCAAACACGGGGCCCAACGGGUAGAAAAGGACACGAGGCAGCCUCACGAAGACGAUGGCGUCAUCUUCGCUACGUUGUUUUUUGCGGAGAGAGCCAUUAAAAUUCAGAACGCGAAGAGCAAAGCAUGGCAAGGGGAGAGAGGUAAAAAGAAAGAAAGACAGAGAACGAAAGAGAAAGAGAGAGAGGAAUAGCAAAUUGCAGGUAAUUGAAAAAUCUCCUCAUCCUUUUUUGGACUUUUUCGUUUCUCGGAGGACUCUCUCUCCUCUCAGCUGGACGAGAAGAAGAAUUUCCGUUGGGAAAAAUUCGUUGGUAGAAAUGCAUUUCUUUGAUAGAAUGACGAUUCCAAUGCGCAGAGUUUGGACCGGUGUCGCCACUCGCCUCGGCGUUCGUAAAAGCGGGCUAUUGAAGCUGCGAAAGGAUGUAAGAUCUUGUGAGUAUGAAGAUGUGCAUGUGAUGUGGGAGAUGCUGAGGAGAAACGAAACAGAAGUUGGUCGAUCCCCAAGAAGAUGCAAAAAGAGACCACUGUCGAAUUGCUUUGAAUGGGCUAGGCGAGCUCCUUUUCUUUGCCGCGGCUUCUGAACAUGUGCUGUUUACCCAGGUUUCAGUUUACAUCCCUAUCCGCCGGGUUAGAAAGGCUUGAUAGGGAUAUUGGUCCAACCACAAUAAAGAAGAAAAGAGAAGAAGGAGGGAUUGGUUUGUGAGAUUGCUCCUCUUCCUUUUCAUGUCAGCUAUCUGUAGAUAUCAGCUGCCUGCCAAGUGAAUGUACCAUCACUUCCUAUCUCCAUGCUCUAUCUAAUAUACUAUGUAAUAAGCUAAAUAUGUGGUAUAUGUGUUUUUGGUGUCUCUAAAAACAUGCUGCCAUGUUUGCGCUAUCAUAUAUAUAUGGGGUAUUAGGUAGCCACUCUAGCUUUCUAUGAACUUUUGAAUGAUCUCCUAGCCAUUUUCUGAAGCAACUUUCGCAGGACAAUGUGCAAAAAACAUGGUGUUAAGAUCUAAAAAUUUGAUGGUUAGGGUGAAAGUGCUUUGGCAUUUGGUUCA